AUGUCGAACGAAACUGGAUAUAAGAAAAUUGUCGUUUUGGGAGGAACUGGACUAACGGGCAAGCCAGUAGUUCAGGAGCUGGUGAAUGCUGGGUUUGAUGUUACCAUCUUCUCGCGAAAUGCCGACGCUGCUGCUCCAACAGGUGUACAUGUCGUCAAGAUUAGCAAUCCUACUGACGUUGAAGACCUUGCUCAAAACUUGAAAGGCAUUGACGCUGUAGUUUCUCUACUUGGCUUCCCAGUCGGCGUAGCAGCUCAAGCAGCAACAAUCACAGCAGCAAAACUUGCCGGAGUAAAACGAUUCCUUCCUUCUGAAUUUGGUGUGGACCAUUCGAAGUUCAAAAGCCCCGUGUUUGCCGCCAAGGAUGCUGCGUUAGAGGAAAUCAAGAAGGCUGGUCUUGAAUGGACUGUCAUCUGUGUUGGAUUAUUUGUUGAAGUAGGAUUUACUCUUGGAUUUGAUGUUGCUUCUGCAAGUGCUAAACUAGUCUCGGAUACAACGAAUCCUGUGGCAUAUACUUCGUUAAAAGAUAUUGGACGAGUCGUCGCAGGCACAUUGAAAUCAAAAGCAGCAGCAAACCGAAUUGUGAGGGUAGCUAGUGAAUACCUUUCUGAUAAGCAAACUGUUGCUCUUUUGGAAAGUGCUACCGGCAAGAAAUUCAGCGUCACUACAAGCACCCCAGCCGAAACUCAAGCUGAAAUUGCGGCCAAGUUUGACUUUGGCAAGUUUCUGGGAUAUUGUAAAGGAACUGGACUUGUUAAUCACUCUCCCAACGAUUUUGCUGAAUUUGUAAAAGAAAAGCCAUAUACCGCUACACAGUAUUUGACUGUCACGAAAGGUGGUGUUGAGAAUGCUGAUGAUUGGUAUUCGAAGCUUUGA